AUCAACCAUUACAAGGACCAGAUCCUCCCACCCCAACUACCCGCCACCACAUUUUCCCCUCUCACGAUUACCCUAACCUAACCUAGCCCAGUUUCCCAAUUGCGGCUCGAGCUCGAGGAACCAUUUAGGGAAUCAAUCGCGGUCCUACUUUUCGCUUAUUUUCGAUUUUCACUGUAUCAUCAUCGAAACCCCAGAGUGGGAAUCGCACCUCACGAUUUGAGUACUUCUGGGAAUUGAGAAAUCGAGGUCACCUUUGUUGAAUUUGGUCUAAUCAUCCUCGAUCGGAGUCACUUGUAUUUGUUCUUUUUUAAUUACGCCCAUCUUUUGUUGCGCUUGGCAGGGCAAUCGGCUUCUCCUGUAAAUAAAUCGGUUUAAGAGCGUAGAGAGGGCUCGGUGCUGACUCCAGAUUAGUGUUAUAUGGUGCUGGUGCACUCCAAAAUAAAUGUCUCAGGAAGCAGAAAUCGAAAAUGACUACGAGAUGGGCGAGCUGGAAGAUGAUGCCUAUUUUACCGGUGAAGCAAAUGACGACACAGAAUCUGAGGAGGAGGAUGAAGAUGAAUAUGAUCAUUUGGACGAUAAGAUAACGGAUACUUCUGCUGCUGAGGCACGGCAAGGGAAAGAUAUCCAAGCAAUACCGUGGAAGCGGCUAAGGAUUUCGAGGGAGAAGUACAGACAAACUAGAAUAGAACAGUAUAAGAAUUAUGAGAAUGUACCCGAAUCUGGAAAGAAUUCGCAGAAGGAGUGCAAAGUAACAAGGAAAGGCGCUGUGCAUUAUGAGUUCUGGCAGAAUUCUAGAUCAGUGAAAUCAACCAUUCUUCAUUUUCAGUUGAGGAAUUUGGUUUGGUCAACCUCAAAGCAUGAUGUUUACCUCAUGUCACAUUACUCGAUCAUUCAUUGGUCUUCUUUGAGUUCUAAGAGGACUGAAGUUCUUAAUGUUUCUGGUCAUGUGGCUCCACGUGAGAAACACCCUGGAAGCUUAUGUGAAGGAUUCACUCAAACCCAAGUAAGCACACUAGCUGUCCGUGACAAUUUGUUGAUUGCCGGGGGAUUCCAGGGAGAGCUCAUUUGCAAGCAUCUUGAUCAAGUUGGUGUUAGGUUUUGCACAAGGGUAACUUAUCAUGAUAAUGCCAUCACAAAUGCGAUCGAGAUAUAUGAUGGUCCAAGCGGCGCUACACAUUUCACAGCUGCAAAUAAUGAUUGUGGAGUACGAGAUUUUGACUUGGAGAGAUUUCAGCUUCUCAAGCAUUUUACUUUUCCCUGGCCUGUAAAUCAUUCUUCACUCAGUCCAGAUGGCAAGGUGGCUGUUAUUGUUGGGGAUAAUCCUGAUGGGAUGCUUGUGGAUUCUCAAACGGGGAAGAUGAUUGCAUCUCUUCGCGGACACUUGGAUUAUUCUUUUGCUUCUGCAUGGCAUCCAAAUGGUCACAUAUUUACCACUGGUAACCAGGACAAGACAUGCCGGAUAUGGGAUUCCCGGAACCUAUCAAAGUCAGUCGAUGUACUCAAAGGAAGUAUGGGUGCCAUUCGAUCUAUUCGUUUCACAUCAGAUGGGCAGUUUAUGGCAAUGUCUGAGCCAGCAGAUUUUGUUCACGUGUAUGAUGUGAGAAACAAUUUCGACAAAGAGCAAGAGAUUGACUUUUUUGGUGAGAUAUCCGGCAUCUCCUUCAGCCCUGAUACCGAAUCCCUCUUUAUUGGGGUGUGGGAUCGCACUUAUGGUAGCCUCCUUCAGUACAACCGAUGCAGACACAACUCAUAUCUGGACUCUCUUAUCUGAAUCUCUCCAUUCACUCUGAGUCCCUAUAUCUGAUGUCGGAGAAGACCACAAGAGCCAAUCUGUUGGCUGAUGAAACCACCGAAGCCUGCAUCAUCUGGCCUGUCCUUUAUCCUCCUCAAAUAAUGCUGACAACCACCUGAGAACCAAAUGUUUAUUACUCGGAUCGCAUUCUGUGUAGGUUGUUCAAACUGAAAUUUCAAUCCUAUCUCCAGGCUGGUAUGUUCUUUUUUCCCAGAAAAUGUCACUUGAUGUUCCUAAUACUGCUUAAACUUGAUGAUAGUAUUGGAGCUGUUGAAUUUUCUGCAUCAAAAUAAGUCUUUGCUUCUUCUUUU